UAACUUUAGGGUGAGGCUUGUGUGCGUGUGCACCUUUCUAACCUCACAAAGUAUGGAUUGCAUUCAAUCAAAAUAAAUCUCAUUAUUUACCUUUAAUCAUUAAAAAUAUAGCCUCAAUAAUUAAAAAUAGAACAGUGAGUCAUGAGGAUGGUGAAAUUAAUAUUUACGUAAUGAAUAAAAACGAUAAGACUCGUUUUAUCGCCAAAAGGCACUUCAAAAUUUUGAGGUUACCUAGGUAGCCGAUGUUGCCCAAUUCGAAAUUAGGAAAAUUAUACGUAAAUUGUUGACAUCAAUCAUCACAUCACUAUGUCCCUCCGUAUAAGAUUAAGUCGUAGCCGUCCUAUUCGUGCUUUAAGUGGUUUUGCACUAAGAUGCUGGGCAUUAUCUAGUAUUUACAUUUUCGGCUGCAUCGUACUUUACUGGCUAUACGGUGGUGUUUUUACGUUUUUUCUGCUUUGCUUUGCUACUACAGGAGUUCUUUACCAUAUGGAGGACGAACUUUUAUACUAUCCCGAAAUUCCAAGGCAUUCAAGAGUUUACGUUCCUUCACCUUCAACGUGCAAUUUGCCAUAUCAAAGUUUGUUUAUUCGAUCGAAGGAUGGCACAAUGUUGCACAUGUUUUUUAUUCCUCAGCCAGAGGAUAAAGUAAAAAAAGCUCCAACUGUUCUUUUUCUACAUGGAAAUGCUGGGAAUAUGGGACACAGGCUUCAAAAUGUAGUUGGCCUCUAUGAAAACCUUGAAUGUAAUGUUCUGAUGUUAGAAUAUAGAGGAUUUGGACUCUCACAGGGUUCUCCUUCCGAAGAAGGAUUGUACAUGGAUGCGCGAGCUGGAAUUGAAUAUUUAGCUACGCGAAGUGAUAUAAAUACCAAUGAAAUCAUUGUCUUUGGCAGGUCCUUAGGUGGCGCUGUCGCAAUUGACUUAACUAGUAAAGAAGAAUAUGCGCAACGAAUUUGGUUUCUAAUUUUAGAGAAUACAUUUACCAGUAUACCAGAUAUGUCUACCGUCCUUAUUGGAUCAAAAUUACGAUAUCUUCCACAAAUCUUCUAUAAAAACAAGUAUUUAUCUGUGCAGAAGAUCCGAUCGCUCACGGUACCUACGUUUUUCAUUUCUGGAUUGGCGGACAAAUUAGUCCCUCCAGAGAUGAUGACUGAGUUAUAUAAAUCUUGCAAAAGCUCUUGUAAAAGAAUGUUUCCAGUACCGGGUGGUUCUCACAAUGAAACAUGGCGCAGACCCGAUUAUUAUCAACAAAUUCUCUCGUUCAUGCACGAAUUGAGGGAAAAGCCUCCUGUCCGCUCUACGUCCACACAUUGGCAAAUCGAUGAAAUUUAAAUUUUCGAAGAAGUCUUAAAGAAAAAUCGCAUUGACACGAACAUACUAUAUUUCGUUUAAAAAAAGAGUAAUGAAAGCAGUAUUUUUUUCUACGACGACUAAUUACCAAAAUAUAUAUUUCACUUUCAAUAAAAUAACUAUUAUUGAGUCAAUGCCGAUUUUCACGGCCAGUAAAUGAAAAUUAUUUAUUGUAUAUAAAGCUAUUACUAUGAAGUGAUUUAUUUGGGAAGAGGGAUCACGCUUUUACUUAUAAAGUGUUGGCAAAAAUUAAUGUAAAUUCUUGGAUAAAAUUAGUUUUAAAAUAUAUUGAUAUUGCAGAACCAGAGGUUAUCUUGCCAGAAAUGUUUGCACAUUUUCAAUUGUCUGGGACUGAGAAAAUUUAAUUUAAUUUAUUUGCCUCUGGUGUAAACCGUUAUCGCUCCGUGUGAUAUGUUUUUAAUGCCAAAUGUAUUGAGUACUGACGGCAAUUCCAUUAAAAACCCGCUAAGUGAAUUUUAUACGGAUAAUUUUGUCUACUGAUAACAGAAUCAGUUUUUACGUAGUAUCAUUUUGAAACCGAAGACUUGAUUCAUUCCAUUUUUCAUGUGAAUAUUUAUAAGAUGUAAAUUAAUAUUGAAGACGAUCAACUUACGAGAUUGUAAAAACAAGAGAAACGCUUUGUGGAAGUAGUUAUUUUUUUCACACACUGAAAAAAUAGAAGCUUUUUGUAGUCGGUAUUUAAUAUAUUUAUAUACAUGUAUACUUGUCCAAUCAAAGUUUGUCUACAUGUCAGUACUCCGAGUCAAUUGUCAAUCGAUAGAUUUUAAGAUACUUUUUAAUUAUUUUUAGAUUGAGUAAAACUCAAUAUUGAAAUACUUCAGUAUGUAUUUCCGGAAUUUGUUCGACGUGGUUGCCUACUGCCUAAGUAUUUCAAAAAUACGAUUUAAGUUGUAACUUUUUAUUAUAAUGACUCAGUUUUUAAUAAAUAAAAAGGUGUAAAUAUAAA